AUGAAGGCAAAUUUAAGCCCCUCCCUCCGACAGGAAAUCGCCCUAUGCAAUAAGCAAAAGAGCAACAAGCGAUGUAUCCUCAUUUCGCUCAACAGCAAAUGUAAUGAAACAAUUUAUGAGCGCAAAGGCGGAAUGGUGGUGUUGCUACUGCUGCUCGUGAUGCUGCUCGUGCUGAGAAUGAUUCAAUUCACGCUGGAAGGCUACACAGAACAAAGGGAAAACCCGAGCGACGAUUUGGAAAGUAUAAAAUGCCUAUUAAAUGACGAGAUUGCUUUCAUACUCUACAAUGUUGCAGUGUUCACAUCUAGAUAUAAAUGGGUCCUUAUUCUAUGGGUCCCCGACGAAUCGGUAGAAACAAAAUUGGGGAAGAAAAAUGAGUCUGCUGAAAAAGUCGAAAAAGAAAAAAAGUACACCCAAGUGACACAGCUGAAUAGGUUAAUUUAUUGCACUUUAAAAAAUAACCUUCUUCAUUAUGUGGACGAUGAUAAGGACGUGCCACUGGAGGAAGUGCACAAUUUCGAGCAGCUGGAAAAAUGCAUAAGGGCCAGUCUCGGCAACUGCUUAACCGCAGUUAGCACGACGCAAAUAUGUAAGGGAAGGGCACUUCCCCAUUUCAGCGUUACGAAUUAUCUGCACAAUUACUACUUUCUAAAUGAACAAAUGAAGCAGUGUUGUGACGGCUUAAAUGACGAAAGUGAUGGUGUGUCCAACCAUCUAGAUUUACUCUCCAAGGAGAGCAACACUUGCAUCGUUUUACUCACCAUAGAUGUUAACAACAACUACAAACUGGAGAGCCGUUUUGAGAAAAUAGAAACAAUCGAAUCGUUUCUUCACCUAACAAAGGAGAUACAUAUUUUUUAUGUCCUUUAUAAGACAUCCGACACAUAUACUUGCUUCUACCUCUGUCAUAGUGACCGGUGUACCACGAGAGAAAAAUUUGUCUACUCUUUAUUCAAACCCCACUUAAUCCAAAUUUUGAAAAAAAAAAAUAUUCACAUUUUUUUAAGUGUCGAAAUGGGUAAGCUUAAACAUAUGGUAGACUUUAUCCGAGGAGAUAUUACUACAAAGAAGGAAGUUCCCACAAAAAACGUACCACUUGACAUGGCUCCCAAAACGAAGAAAUGCACAAACCAUUUGACCUUAGAUGGGAAAAAAAACUACUCUAGCCAUGCACAGAUCAAUAUGGUGAAGGAGUUACUUCCCAUUGUGGAAAAUGAUUCUAUUAGGAGAAAGGGGAGAACGAAUGAUCAAUCUGUGAAUGACCCAAAUGUGAAUAAGAAGCACUCCUUUACAUCUAGAACGGUUAACUUGCUGUCCCUGAAGAGGAGGGAGUCCAUGCCAAACAACACACGGACAGAGCAACCCAUGUCGGGGAAAACAAAUAAAAUGACAUAUGCACCACUAGGGGAAGGAAAACAAACGAGUACCUCCACAUUUACCAGCGAAAAUAUCGGACCAAAGUUACUCAAAAAAAUGUCGCUAUCUAAAUCGUAUAAUUUGAAAAAAAAAACCUCCUUCACAAAUGACGGGGAAAAAAACUCCACAGUAAGAAAAAAAAGAGAACCCUCCCCCUCUGCACUGGUGAAGAAUAAAUCGUUAACUCUCCACAAGGGAUCGUCCACCUCCGUCGAGUUAAAAAAAUCGCCUUCUUUGUCUAAGCAAAAAUCGCUGCAACUUGACAAGAAAAAGAGCUUAACCAAAAGGUUCAAAGGGAGAAGCGGUGUUUCAGAAAAGUGA